UUUAUUUUUUAACUUUUUUUUUAAUUAAAAAAAGAAGAGAAAUAAAGCGGCGAUCGAAGCGGGGGUCGUUAAAAGCCAGUGAGUGAAUGAGCGGGCGGGGACAUCCAUUGUGUGGAUAACAGUCCUCGCCGGGGCCGGAAUUGGGCUGUUGGAGCGGCUGGAAAUCUGCUAACUCGGGGCGACCCGCAUAUAAAAAGAUGGAUUUGAAAUGUAUCCUGUGUACGGUACUGAUUUGCUGCGGCUGCUGGCAAGGUCUUGCCCAAUCAGACACUAGUGAGUGUUUAAAAGCCAACGCAAAGUCAUGUGGAGAAUGUAUACAAGCUGGUAAAAAUUGUGGAUGGUGCACCAAAAGUAAAUUCUUACAACAGGGGGAGCCAAACUCUGCACGCUGUGAUGAUAUCCAAUCAUUGAAAAAAAGAGGGUGUGCAAUGGAUGAGAUUGAAAAUCCCAAAGGUUCACAAACAAUAACCGCUAAUAAGGAACUUACUGGUCGCAGAAGCAGUGGAAAGAUAAAGCUAGAAGACAUUACGCAGAUUCGACCACAGAAGCUAACCCUGAAAUUGCGAUCAGGAGAGCCCCAAACCUUCUCAUUGACUUUCAAGAGAGCUGAGGACUAUCCUAUUGAUCUCUAUUAUCUUAUGGAUCUCUCAUUUUCAAUGAAAGAUGACUUGGAAAACGUUAAAAAGUUAGGAACCGAAUUAAAAAAUGAAAUGCAAAAGAUAACUUCGGAUUUCAGAAUUGGGUUUGGGUCUUUUGUCGAUAAAACUGUGAUGCCGUACAUCAGCACUACCCCAGCCAAACGAAAAAAUCCUUGCCCUAAUGGUGAAAUAUGUACGAGCCCAUUUAGCUACAAAAAUGUGCUACCAUUGACGAAUGAUGGAUCAAAAUUCAAUGACCUCGUAAGCAACCAAACCAUUUCUGGGAAUCUGGACUCUCCGGAAGGUGGUUUUGAUGCCAUCAUGCAGGUUGCUGUCUGCGGGGAAAAAAUUGGUUGGCGAAAUGUGACUCGGUUGCUCGUAUUCUCUACAGAUGCAGGGUUUCACUUUGCAGGAGAUGGUAAACUGGGAGGCAUUGUUCUACCAAAUGAUGGGAAAUGCCAUCUCAAUACUAAUGGUCUCUACACCAUGAGUGAUUACUUAGAUUAUCCAUCAAUUGCUCAUUUGGUACAGAAGCUUAGUGAAAAUAAUAUUCAGCCUAUUUUUGCUGUUACCGAAGAUUUCAAGGGUGUAUACAAGGAACUCCAUAAUCUUAUUCCAAAAUCUGAAGUGGGUGUUCUUUCUUCAAACUCCAGUAAUGUCAUCAAGUUGAUCCUUGAUGCUUAUCAUGCUUUAUCUUCUGAGGUUAUCCUUGAGAACAAUAAAUUGCCAGAGGGACUUUCAGUGCAAUAUACAGCCUUUUGUAAGAAUAAUACUGUUCACACGGGUGAAAAUGGCAGGAAAUGCUUAGGUAUUCAGAUUGGUGAUGAGGUGAGCUUCAACAUAAGCAUCACAGCAAUAAAAUGUCCAAAUAAAGGUGAAAAGAACACUCUUGAAAUAAAACCUCUGGGAUUUACGGAGAAAGUGGAGGUUACGCUCGAAUAUAUUUGUGAAUGUGACUGUCAUAAAAAAGGACUUCCCAAUAGCCAAGAAUGUCAUCAGGGUAAUGGAACCUUUGAAUGUGGAGCCUGCAGAUGUAACAAAGGACGCAUUGGUAGCACCUGUGAAUGCAGCACUGAUGAAGUAAACAAUGAGGACAUGGAUGCUUCAUGUAGAAAAGAUAAUACAUCUCUAAUCUGUGGUGACAAUGGAGAUUGCAUCUGUGGGGAAUGUGUCUGCAAAAAGAGAGUCAAUACCGAUGAAAUCAUCUCUGGCAAAUAUUGUGAAUGUGAUAACUUCAACUGUGACAGAGCUGGUGGUUUCAUCUGUGGAGGAAAUGGAAUCUGUAAGUGUAAGAUAUGUGAAUGUUUCCCCAACUUUACUGGCAAUGCCUGUGAUUGCUCCCUGGACAAUUCCACUUGUAUUUCAAAGAAUGGACAGGAGUGCAAUGGCAGAGGAAAAUGUGAAUGUGGUCGAUGCAAGUGCACUGAUCCAAAAUUCCAGGGGUCUGCCUGCGAAAUGUGCCCAACUUGCCCAGGAGUCUGUACAGCACACAGGGAUUGCGUUCAAUGUAAAGCCUUUCAGAAAGGGCCCAAGAAAGAUACCUGCGAUCAGUGUGAGUUUAAAGUUAUUCUGGUGGAUAAGCAAGAUGAGUUACCACAACCAGGCCAAGUUCCAUCAAUUGCUCACUGUAAGGAGAAGGAUGAGAAUGACUGUUGGUUCUACUUUUCCUAUUCUGUCAAUGACCAGAAUGUUCCAGAAGUUCAUGUUACCAAAAAUGCAGAAUGUCCACAGGCACCUGACAUCAUUCCAAUUGUAGCUGGUGUGGUUGCUGGUAUUGUCCUUAUAGGCCUUGCCUUGUUGCUGAUAUGGAAACUACUGAUGAUCAUUCAUGACCGAAGGGAGUUCGCAAAAUUUGAAAAGGAGAAAAUGAAUGCUAAAUGGGAUACAGGUGAAAAUCCAAUCUACAAGAGCGCUGUGACGACUAUUGUCAACCCAAAAUAUGAGGGAAAAUGAUGGAGUUUGUGCAUUUUUGAGAGGGUUCCUUAUUUUUAUUUUAUUAAAACUAUAGAUAAAGGGUUUGGGUUUUUUGUAGUCACAAAAUUAGCUUUAGAUCAUUUGGCAGUGAUUUGCUAACCAAUAAUGUAAGUUUUUCUAUGCAGAUUUUGAAACAUGUACAGUAUGUGUAAACAAUUAGUUGCUUUUUUUUUAAAGUUUUAAUUUGAGAGAGUGCAAAAAAACCAGCGUUGGAAUGGAAUGAUUGUUUCUUUAUAUAGCUUUGUUUUAAUUUUUAAUACUCCAGAAUUCAGGCUUUCCAAAGUUAUCAUGUCAAUACUAUUAACAGUAUUUUAAAUUGAGUAAGGAAAAAAACUCAAAAGCGAAAGAAUCUCCUCACGACCACUGUGCCAAAAGAAAUGAUUUGGAAUAAACUCUUCUGUUAUUUACUCGAGUGCCUGAGAGAAUUUUGUAGGCCAAAAAUCAGUAUCAGUUUUUCACUAAUUCCAUAUUAGUCCAGCAGUCAUAUCAUGGUUUAUAAAAUCAGUAAUUGUAAUCUCUUUAUUUUGUUACCGCCCUUUGGAUCAGGGUAACUGAGCAAAAACAUGCUUUUAUUUAUAAAGCAUUAUACAACUGUGUUAAACAUGUAACUGAAAUAUUUGAUGUUAUGCAUACACUACUUUGCCAAAUGUGGAUUAUUUUUAUUUAAUGGCAUUUAAUGGUAAAUGACAUUGACAAAUCAUGACAAAUUCAACUUAGUUUUUAAAAUUUAGAUGCAAGUAUUCAUUGGUUUAUAAUUUAGCAGUUUUUUUUAAAUGUACUUUGUAGCAACCACUAGGCCUUUUAUUUGUAUCAACACAAUUAGCAAUCGCUUCCAUUUCUAAGCAGGUUCUCUGCGAACUGCACAAACUCAGCACGGUCCCUUAUGUUCAAUUGCUAUAAGUACUAAUAAGCUGCAAGCAAAUGGUAACUUGAACACAUGCUAGAUACAGCUGUUUGCAUUAAUUCUGUCCAGGUAUGGACUGAUUUCACUUGGAUCACUUUCUUGGUUUAAAGUGCCUUUUUAUUUUAAGUAUUUUCACUCUUGGCGUACACUUGAGUUAUUUAUUAAAUAAAUGACUUUAUAAAAAUA